AGGGUUUCGACUGAUGGAGAGCAUUCCUCAGAAUAAUGACGAAACGGGAAGCAUUUAUUCGAUUUACAAACAGAAAAUCGACGCUAUGUUCGAAUCUGACUUUAGCUCAACGAAGAACAGCAUACAGGCGAAAAUCGAAAAAAUGUUCAGCGAAGUGGCCAAAGACAGUGGAAUUCCUAUGAAUGAAAUUGGUGUCCAUAGCUUUUCGGUAGAUUACCUGGGGUCAGUUCCUUUACAGGAAAAGGUAACAAGCCUCUCGGGUCUUCAAAAUCCAUUACGCAAUCUUUAUUUUGCAUACAAGAAAAUAGUCAAAACGAAAAAAGCUCUGACAGGGCGGCUAGAAAUAUCAAGCCAAGGACUUAAAGUGCAAUAUCAAGGAGAGAAAGGUACGUUAUAAUUACAGAAUGAUACCAUUUUUCAUUUAAAUGUUGACUGUAAUUUAUCACGGUACCCAUUACUGAUAUUGGAUUGCCUAGUGACUUAGAACAGUUGAACUCCUUUCCAACGAUAGCCGUAUGGAGUGCUGUAAAGUUCGUAAUCCACAACAGUGAGAGCGAAGCGAAUAAUGAUAGUCUCUCCUACGCUUUCCUACCUCUUAUCACCGAUCCCGAGCACGUGGACAAGCAAGGGCUGUUCAGGAGUUUAUCUCAAUCCGAAAAGAAGUUUAUCACAGACGAAGCGCACUCACCUCUUUUUGCUGUGGUCAUGAGAAAAAUUGGGGUCCACAAACAACUUGAAUGUCAUGGGUUUGUAUGUCAAACUUCCGAAGAUGCCAUAGUGAUAGCAGCCACUCUGUACAAAGCACUCGUGGCUCACAUGAAAGCGAAAGAGAAGAGGCCAAAAAAUAAAAAUGGCGUCACUACUUGUAUGUCCGUCACUUCGAGUACUACUUACAACGAGCAAAGCAACUCGGUGCCGGUUAGACCUCCAAGAAAGAAGAAAAGUUCUACUUCUUCUGUACUUAGUGACAAUGACUUGAUCAGUCUAUCGGAUACUAAACCGCUACUAAAUUCUAAGCCUCCCAAAAAGAGAAGAGCCCCAAAGGCUCCGUCUCCGCCUAAAGAUAAUGAUCUCGAUGCCAUUUUACCUUACGAGGAACCCGUCAAGCCUCCUGAUAUAGAGAACGGAGAAAAUAUUAUUAAAGAAAAUCGGGGAGGCCAACAUCAAGAAAGGCAAAGUGAGGAAGUAUUGGAAAUAAAACCAAAAACCUUUACCGAUAAACUGUAUACAUGUAUGAGCAAAGAGCAAAAACAGUUGACUGCUGAAAUCAAGCAGAUCAUGAGCGAAGGAGGAGGAAAAUUGAAAAAAGUACAAAACGUGCGGAAAGGCGAACCGGAUACUAUAAGGAAGAAGGAAAAUUCCACUGGUGAUAUUUUAACGAAAGUUACGAUACCCAGAUCUGGAAGUUUCCUGAACGCCGGUGGAAUCACACGGUAUAAGAACAAAGGUUCUAG